AUGUCACCCAAGCCCGCCUGUAACCACCGCCUUCGCAGGGCUGCAGAUGAGCAGGGUCCGAGAAUGACCAAGGACUUUCCAUCAGUUCGCAACGAGCUCGAAGCGCUCCAUUCUGUUCAUGCGAAUGUGAUGAACCCGAAAAGCAGAUCGCUCUUCAUCAAAAAUCUGUGA